AUGGCCGUGUUCCUAACAAAUACACAACAGUGUGUCACACUCGUACCCCCUGUGCCUCAAAGCUCUGUAUACCCCUUGUGCCUCACAGCUCUGUAUAUCCCGAAGCGAACUGAGCCUCACGCCGAGUGCGACACCGUGGAACGUGACCGCGUCUACGACCAGGGCAAAGGCAACAUUUCAGCUGCCGUCUCCCUUGUCGAUCAGCAACUUGCGUUGCGCUUCUCCCCAAUGCUGCUACGUGAAAAGGCCACGAUGCUGCUCAUGCUGGGUGGAGAGCAUGAAUCCGAGGCCCAUGCCUUGCUGCGCCAGGAACAACAACACUUUCUGCGCGACUGGCAAGCUGCGCGCCAGGUUUUGGGCCGGCACUGCAGCAAGGCCUCCCUCAUCCAUGCGGACAGCCCCCUUGCAGCCAGCACCGUGACCCAACUCGAUACAAUUCAUCAGCCUGAAAGCUAUGCCGUGCAGUUGACGCGCAUCACACACGAUGGCAACGUGGUGGAAGAGCACAGUGCUUUUUCUUCAACGCGCGUUACCCUUGUUACUGCGCCUGAAGUCUACGUGGCGGGACCGGAUGGCCAGCUAAGCCAGGAAACGCACGGUCGCUGCGUGCUUUGGGAAGCAAAUACGGGCUACUUUCAAGAUUUGGGAAGCAACUUGCAGCUCGUUAUGGCCGAGCAGGCACCACCGGAUUUUGACUGGAGCCGAAUCGAGUCGGAACGGGCACCAUGGCUUGAUUACUACAGAGGCGCGCGGCCCGCCCAUGGAAAAAACCCGCACCAGCUGCGCCGAAAGGCGACUGCUUCGUCAGCUCUGUCAACUGCCUCGCGUUCUUUUUAUCACUUUCUGACAGAUGUCGUGCCACGCGUGCUUGCGUUGCGCCACUAUCACCCGGAUGCAGCCGUGAUUGUUCCUGCUGACCCUAAAGGCGAGACCGGCUUCAUCUCCGAGGCCUUGGCGCUCCUGAAACUCAAGGCGGGGAAGGACACCGUGCGCUACAACACGGUUAAAGCUCCACCAGACGCAGUGCUGAAGGCCUCUUUUACGAGCAGCGCGAACUUCUUUCUGGCAAGCUGCGACGCUGGCCCAGAAGCUGCAGCAAACACCGCUGAGUCGCCCCCGGGUCGUGAUUGCGUCUCGCGAGAUUCUCACCCCAUGUGCAACCAGAACGCCAAAAUGCGUCAAUUACGCGACGAGAGCCAGCUUUGGGCCAAGCUGGCCCAGCGGUACGGCCAUGUUGAUUUUGUAACCUACAAAAGCCGCGACUAUACAUUGACAGACACGAUUGAAUUGUUCAAGAGCGCCGAGAUGGUGUUGGGUGUGCACGGUGGUGCCUUGGCCAAUGUUCUAUUCAGCCGACCAGGUGCCACGCUCGUUGAGCUGACCAUCCCGCGCAACACGACCCGGCACUAUGAGCACAUGGCUGCGGCACUGGAUCUGCAGUACGUGGCUGUGGACGUCCAACCUGAUCAGCGUGGCGUGGGUGCACCCGAGGUGGUCCUGGGUGAGGCCAGUCGGAGAGCCCUCGAGCGCCUGCUAGACCAGCGCCUGGCACCUCCUGCACAUGACCCAGCUGAUCUGUAG